AUGACGAUCGUAAUCCGAGAAGCUAGGCUGUCUGACGCGCCAUCUUUGUCAAAGAUAUGUCUCUGUACUGGGAACGCAGGGGAAUCAGCGGAAGGCUUGCACAAGUACGGAGAAUUGCCCGGUCUGGUUUAUGCUUUGCCCUAUGUCAAUCUUCCGACGACAUUUGGAUUCGUCUUGGAGAAUAAGGAGGCGGAAGAGGUGGUCGGUUAUAUUCUCGGAUCAACGGACACGCGGACAUUCGAGCAGGUUGCGGAGGACCGAUGGUGGCCGCCACUUCGAGAGAAAUAUCCUGUUCAGAGUCCGGCCUACCUAGAAGGAAAAGCUGAGGAUCAACGCUAUAUCAGACUUCUGCAAAAGAUGCACACUGCCCCCGACGCUUGCAUCGAAUUCUCCCCCGCACACCUCCAUAUCGACAUUCUCGCCGACUUUCAACGUCAAGGAUGGGGCAGGAAGCUCAUGGACAGAGCCAUACAAUACCUAAAGGAGCAAGGCCUCAACGCAGUAUGGCUGGGACUAGACACGAGGAAUGAGAAUGCAAGACGGUUCUACAGUCGAUUGGGCUUCAGGGACAUUCCGAGCGCUCCUAACGGAAAUAUGGGACUUCAUUUCUCG